AUGCAGUCGGUCCAGACCAGGUUCGGGAAGCUCGUUGGGAAGGCUCCUGCUGACGACCACAAUGUCACGGGCCUGAUCAAAGACUACGAGGCCGGCGACAUUGCUAUUUCCAAGAUCAUCAAUGACGCCAAGAGUCUUCAGACUGCCUGGCACGAGAUGGCCUUCACCCAACUUGGCAUCGCUGGCGCCUUCCAUGACCUCUAUGGUCCCAUUGAUGCUUCUAUCGCUGCAGAUGAAGAAGAAGAAGAGGAGCGGCGUGUCAUUCACACCGCUACUCCUCGCGCAAUGCUGGAGCGCACGGCCGGCAUGAAGCAGGCUUACUCAGGUCUCCACGAGGAAAUGAGAGACGAGAUUACUGCCAUGGAAACGCUGUUGCUCCGGCCCGCCACCGACGCAAAGGACAUGAUUCAGCCCAUCAAAAAGACCAUUAAGAAGCGGGAAAAGAUGCGAGUCGACUUUGAGAACGCCCAGGCCAAAGCAACAAAGUUGCAAAGAAAGCCUGGAAAAUCUGUCAAGGAGGAGACCCAGCUAGCGAAAGCGCAGGGAGAAUUGUCGGUCCUGUCAGAUGCUUUCGAGACCGCAGAUUCUCAUCUGCGAGAGACUCUCCCUCCCUUGGUGUUGGCGGUCUCUAGCCUGAUCCCACCCUUGCUCGCUAGUUUAAUCUUGAUCCAAAAUCGUCUGCUGGGUCUCUGUUACACCGUCGUUCACGAGUACUGCCAGGAGCAUGGGUUCCCAUCCCCAUCCCCCCCAAUGGACAACGUGGUUGCGGAUUGGGAGCACGCCUUUGCGCCCGUUGUGUCAGAAGUUGAAUGCUUCUCUUCCGUUCGAAAGCACCUGGGGAUGAACAGGAAGGCGGAGGCCGAGCGUCCAGACAGGGGCCGAACCGUGUCCUUCCAAAGGAUGAAGGCUCCUCUAAGCCGGAUUUCUUCAGCCUCAUCUCAGCGCCAGCCAUCUCCCGCCAGAAGUCCAGACCCCCCCAGUGAACCGUCACCUGCCGCACACAGAAUCCCAUCACAAUCUACUACACCCAGUGGCUUGGGUGUCCCGACUGAUUUUACAACAGCAACGGUCUUGCGUGGAAAGCCCAGCGCAUCAUCCCUCCACUCUCGUCAAGGCGACUACUUUGGGCAAGCCGCGAUAGCUAAGAAAAAGCCCCCACCCCCACCACCGGGACCGAAGCCCAAGAAACUGGCCGAGUUUGUGGAAGCCUUGUACGACUUUCAAGGGCAAGGAGCGGAUGAUCUAUCCUUCAGGGCAGGUGACAGGAUUCGAAUCAUCCACAAAACAGACACUGACCAAGACUGGUGGCGAGGAGAGCUUGAUGGGUUUCAGGGAAGCUUUCCAGCUAACUAUUGCAAGUCGACGACCUCAAGCUAA